GAUAAGUGAGGAUUUUAUUAUCUAACUGUGUUCUGUCGGAAAAGAGAGACGAUGAUGAAGCUGCAAGGAGGACUUCUCCAAUGGAGUCCAAGCAGCUUAAUUCCGUCGGCAAUCAGAACAACACCGCGUCUCUCUAUCUCCGCCUGCGUCGUGGAGCGGAACAACCAGCUGACGGCGAGGGAGAGGCGGCAGCUCCGGAACGAGCGGAGGGAGAGCAGAUCGGGGUACAGCUGGAAGGAAGAAGUGGAGGAGCGUCUGAUCAAGAAACCGAAGAAACGUUACGCAUCGUGGACGGAGGAGCUGAAUCUCGACACUUUGUCUGAGUCGGGUCAGCAGUGGUGGGUGGUCAGAGUCUCGAGAGUAAGGGGUCACGAGACUGCUCAAGUACUUGCUCGAGCUCUCGCUCGUCAGUUCCCUGAGAUGGAAUUCACGGUGUAUGCUCCGGCUGUUCAGGUGAAGAGGAAGCUGAAGAACGGUUCAAUAUCCGUUAAACCGAGACCCGUGUUCCCGGGUUGUAUUUUCAUUAGAUGUAUAUUGAACAAAGAGAUUCAUGACGCUAUAAGAGAAGUUGAGGGAGUUGGAGGUUUCAUAGGUUCAAAAGUUGGAAACACCAAGAGGCAGAUUAAUAAGCCGAGACCUGUGGACGACAGUGACUUGGAAGCCAUUUUCAAACAAGCAAAAGAAGAGCAAGAGAAAGCAGACAGCGAGUUUGAUGAGGGAGAACGAGCCGAGGAAGAAGCGAGUUUAGCAUUGCAGAAAGCUCUUGCAUCUAGUUCAGAUGGUACUGAGACUGUAGAAUCUCUCGCAGAAGCUAAACCGAAAAGAGCUCCGAGGAAAGCUGCUCUUGCCACUGAAACAAAGGGGAAGAAGAAGAAACUUGCUGCUGGUUCUACAGUUCGAGUUCUAUCAGGGACGUUUGCUGAAUUCGUUGGCAACCUAAAGAAACUGAACCGCAAAACCGCAAAGGCAACGGUGGGCUUUACUUUGUUUGGGAAGGAGACUCUAGUGGAGAUUGACAUCAAUGAACUUGUUCCUGAGAUUCAGUCUUAACGUUGUUAACAACAUUGUGAUUUUUUUUUGGUUAGUAAAGAAAAUUCAUUGUUGCUCCACA